GUUGUAACCAAGAUGGCGGCACUGUUGUUGACCUGCUAGUCCUGUUGCUAGCAUGGCUCAAAUUGAUUUUGUUGCCUCGCUUUAUAUCCACAGGUCAGACCCUUUAUAUGGUGUUUUUUUUGGUCGACGGGCAACGACUUUUCCUGUGGACGAACCUGUGACAGUCAAGGAGUGGCAAAAGCUUCUCAUGCAAAGGUCAACAAGCAGAGAGACCAGAACCUUAAGACCAGGACAAGAGAGGACCAGCAAGGUGUAAAAAAAGGGCAUCUCUAUCCUCCCUCAAAACCGCCCUAAAAGAACACCUCCAGGCAACUUCAACCCUAAACUAACACCCUCCCCCCUCCACAUCCCACCUCCCCGGAUGAUGAGCGUCUUCUGGUUGGAUGGAGGCGAGUCUUAAAAGUUUCUUCAGGAUAGACCAGCUCUCUUCAGAUGCAUCUGGACCACAGCAGCAACAGCACCGGAUCAUGGAGACUUAAAUCCGCAACCCAUGUACGCGACAGUGUCACCGGCUCUAUUUCCCGUGGAGAGCACCCGGCGCCCACGCCCGCACACGCAGACAGACGCACACUCCGCUCGCCCUCCACCGUGAGAGCGCACAGCGGGUGGGGGGGGGGGAACCAAGAUGAACAUCCAGGUGGUGCCCGAACACAAGCUCUCGUCGGUGGCCCCGCUCAAGCAAUGCAACGUGGAGAAGAAGGAGGUCGAGCUCCUGCUCGUGAAGGACCAGAACGGCGUCCAGUACACCAGCGCGUCCAUCGUCCCGGCGCCCGGUAUAAACGCGGGGCCACCCGGCUCCAUGUCCGAGGAGGAGCGGGAGCUAUGGGGCAAGAAGAUUGACUUUCUGCUCUCGGUUAUUGGCUUUGCAGUUGACUUGGCUAAUGUUUGGAGAUUCCCUUACCUGUGCUACAAAAACGGAGGGGGAGCCUUUUUGAUCCCUUACAUUCUUUUCUUGGUCAUCGCGGGGAUGCCAUUGUUCUACAUGGAACUGGCUCUGGGCCAGUAUAACAGGGAAGGGGCGGCCACGGUGUGGAAGAUAUGCCCCGUCUUUAAAGGUGUGGGCUACACGGUGAUCGUCAUCGCCCUUUACGUGGGCUUCUACUACAACGUCAUCAUUGCCUGGUCGCUCUACUACCUGUUCUCCUCCAUGACCAGAGAGCUGCCUUGGCUCAGAUGCGACAACAGCUGGAACAGCCCCAACUGCACCGACCCCAAGGCCAUCAACGGAUCGGUCCUGGGCAACGGAACCUCGUACGCCAAGUACAAGAUCACACCGGCGGCAGAGUACUAUGAACGGGGUGUCCUGCACCUGCAUGAGAGCAGAGGGAUCGGGGACCUGGGCCUCCCUCGCUGGGAGCUGACGUUGUGCUUGGUGGUGGUGGUCUUUAUCCUCUACUUCAGCUUGUGGAAAGGCGUCAAGUCCUCUGGAAAGGUUGUCUACAUCACGGCCACCAUGCCCUACGUGGUCCUUUUUGUGCUGCUGAUCCGAGGAAUCACUCUGCCGGGGUCCAUGGACGGCAUCCGGGCUUAUCUCCACAUCGACUUCAAGAGGCUCAACAAUCUGGAGGUGUGGAUCGAUGCAGCCACCCAGAUAUUUUACUCCCUGGGCGCAGGAUUCGGGGUGCUCAUCGCGUUUGCUAGCUACAACAAAUUUGACAACAACUGCUACAGAGAUGCUCUGUUGACCAGUACGGUCAACUGCGUCACCAGUUUCUUCUCAGGGUUCGCCAUCUUCUCCGUGCUCGGGUACAUGGCGUACAAACACGGCGUGAAGAUAGAAGAUGUGGCGACCGAGGGGGCAGGAUUGGUGUUCAUCAUCUACCCAGAAGCCAUUUCUACCCUGCCAGGCUCAACAUUUUGGGCUAUUGUGUUCUUCAUUAUGCUGCUGACUCUCGGCAUCGACAGUUCGAUGGGCGGCAUGGAGGCGGUCAUCACAGGUCUGUCGGAUGACUAUAAGAUCCUCAAGAGGAACAGGAAGCUCUUCACCUUCGCCACGGUCUUCGGGACCUUCCUGCUCGCCCUGCUUUGCAUUACUAAUGGUGGAAUCUACGUGCUGACCCUGUUAGACAAGUACGCCGCCGGGACCUCCAUCUUAUUUGCGGUGUUGAUCGAAGCCAUUGGAGUGUCGUGGUUUUACGGAGUGGAUCGCUUCAGCGAAGACAUAGAGCGAAUGAUGGGCUUCAAGCCAGGACUCUACUGGAGGCUGUGCUGGAAAUUUGUCAGCCCAGCUUUUCUUCUGUUUGUGGUCGUCGCCAGCACAGUGACCUCCUCAGGUCUCAAGUAUGACGAGUACGUCUUCCCCCGUUGGGCCAACGUGGUUGGCUGGGGCGUGGCCAUGUCCUCCAUGAUAUGCGUCCCGGUCUACGCCGUGUACAAGUUCUGCAGCGUGCCAGGAACCUUCAAAGAGAGAAUCGCCUAUUGCAUCACUCCUGAACACGAACACCACUUGGUUGCGGAAGGAAACGUACGACAGUUUAAACUCAGUCACUGGUUGGCCAUUUGAUGAACAGGCACACUCCUCGCAUCCAUCCAUCCAUCCAUCCAUCCAUCCAUCCAUCCAUCCAUCCAUCCAUCCAUCCCUGCGUCUGUUACUGUGGAGUCAACCAGGCAAGGAGGACAUUUUGCUUGUUUUCUGUUUUUCCUUAGUUCCGUUUUCAACAGUUAGCAUCUAGCACUUGACAUCGAAGUAGACUAAAACAUCAAUAGAUGGCUGACGUAUUAUGGGUUUUAAAAAAUACCGUAAAUGCUCCAAUUUUAGCUGAAAAGAAGACGAUCAAAGAGGCCGACAUUUCCUGAGUAACACUUUACCUUUUUAACUUGAGUAAUAAUUUGGGGUGCAUGAGAAAGCGGUCGUUUGUACGGCAUUUUUGAUUGGUUGAAACUUUUAUUAGUAGAUUGCACAGUACAGUACAUAUUCCGUACAAUUGACCAGUGAAUGGUAACACCCGAAUAAGUUUUUCAAUUUCUUUAAGUCGGGGUCCACGUUAAUCAAUUCAUGGUAAGAAGUACUGCUUGUAAAUGUAUCGUUCACGUUAACAUUUUAAAAAGGGCCUGCUACCUGUUGCUAACCUCAGGCCCGGUACUUUAGACCGACCCGGAGGCUUUUUUAAACCAUAUUUUAAAUGAAAAUGCUAGCAAAGCUAACAGCUUAGCAUGCUAUCAACCUACGUGGCUAACUUGUGAUAGCAUAACAUCCCUUGCUUUAAAUAGAUAGUUAUAACUAUUACAACUAUUAUUAACAGUUAUAACUUACAAAAGUUAUUUGUGUUCACGUCUGAAGAUGAGAACCACAGAAGGCCGUAUGAUUUUAAACAUCCAAGAGUGCGGUCUGUUGCUGGUGUGAAAGCAUGGGAUUCUCUAAAGAAAGACUUAAAAAGUUGCAAGAAUAUAUUUGAAUUUAAAAAGAGUUACAAAAAGAGACAACUGGAAUUAUAUCAAACUGAUUUUUUGAUUUUGAUUGGGACGUGUCAUUGUGAAAAUGCUUAAACGGAAAUUAAAACGUAUGUUGGAGUUGGGGUGUUGGUGGAGGGAACAGUUAGAAAGUCAUCUAAAAUAAUUUGUGUUAAAAAGGGGGCAGAUAAAUAUAAGAAUAGUAUUCUUCCAUCUGCUCCUUUCUGAUCAUGGAAAUGUACAAGAAACAAAAAACAAUGAAAGUGUCAACUGUACGUGGCUUGUAUAUAUGCAUUUUCAUGAAAGGAAUACAAAUAAAUGAUGAUGAUGAUGAUGAUAGUUGUUCAAGUGCUACAGCGGUAUGAAAAAUUCUAAAGCUAGCGCUGAGCAGGAUCGAUCAUUACUAUGUUUAAUCCUAAGUAAAAUGCUGCAAAAAAAAAAGAUAAAAAGACUAGAUUUUAGGGAAAAAAUACUAAAAACUAGUGAAUCCAACUAUCUGCAUGGCAGAUGAUUUUAGUUGAGUAGGCAUCCUAAAUUAAGAUUUGUAUAUCUAAAAAUUAGCAGGACUUUUAAGUUGGGAAACAAGUAUUUUAUUCUAAAAAAAAAAACAAGCAUUAUUCAACUUGUAAUUCUUAAAUGAAGCGUCCUCAAUGUUGCAGAAUCUAUAAAAAAAAAAUACGAUUUUCUAUGUGGGGAAAAACCAAAAUAUCAUAUUUGAUUAGGUAUUCUCUUAAUUUUUUAUUUUUCAACUAUAAUAGAAAAAUAUAUAAUUAUCCAUGCUAAAAUUAAGAUUAGUCAAUGACUAAAAAAUUAAGUAAAUAGCUCUUAAAACAAAUUUCUAGAAGUCAAAUUUUAAAUCUGUAAAGUAAGUGAAGUCCUAAUUGAUCCUGAUUUUAGGUUUGGGAGAUUGCCCCCAAAAUGUUGAUGUUUGCAAGCUAACAGCUUUUGAUUGAUUGAGUUUUGAUUGAGACUUUUAUUAGUAGAUUGCACAGUACAGUACAUAUUCCGUACAAUUGACCACUAAAUGGUAACACCCGAUUAAGUUUUUCAACUUGUUUAAGUCGGGGUCCACGUUAAUCAAUUCAUGGUAACAUGAAUUGCUAACAUAGGCUAACAUGCUAAAAUCCUAUGUGGCUACAUUGUGAAAAUAUGGGAACAUCUCUUGCUCGCAUGGUUGCUUAAGUGCAAAAUCUUAAUGUAACAUGCAAAAUGCUAAAGCUAGCCUCGACCAGGAUAGGAAUUAAGUAUGAGAACUCCCAAUUAAUCCCGAUUUUAACUUUGGGAGAAUCCCCCCAAAAUGUCAAUGCUAGCAAGCUAACAUGCUAUCAUCCCUCAUGGCUACAUUCUGGUAACAUUUGAACACCUCAUGCUCCGAUAUAUGGUUGCUAAUGUGUUAAAUCCCAACGUGAUAGGCAAAAUGCUAAAGCUAGUUUCGAGCAUGUGUCGUCCUAAUUGAUGCCGAUUUUAACUUUGGGAGACUCCCCCUAAAAUGUAAAUUCUAACCAUAUUAAUACAGUAGCUAGUAAGCUAACAAUUAGCAUAAUAUCAACCUGAACAUGUCUUGUUCGUAUGGUUGCUUAAACUAAGUAUGUCAAGUCCUAAUUGAUACCGGUUUUGACUUUGGGAUCGUCACCCAAAAAUGUCAAUGCUCGCAAGAUAACAUCUGUUGCUUGAAAAAGUGCUAAAUAUCAAUGUGAUAUGCAAAAUGUUAAAGCUAGCGCCGAGCAGGAUAGAAACUAAGUUUGUAACUAAUCCCAAUUUUGACUUUGGGAGAAUCCCCCCAAAAAUCAUCCUAACUGGCUACAUUGUGAUAACACGGGGACAGCUCUUCCUGCAAUAAAUUGUUGCUAAAGUGCUAAAUGUGAUUAGCAAAAGGCUAAAAUACACGUCUCAGUUACUUCUAUUCAGUCAGGCAUUUGGGUAUGAAAUGCAAAAGCUAGCUCUCAGCAGGGUAGGUGCUAACUUAUACAGAUUUGAACUUAGGUAGGAUCUCUCUAAAAUAUAAAUGCUAACAAUAAAACUACAGUAGCCGGCAAGCUGGCAGCCAGCAUAACAUAUAUCUGCGUGGCUAGUUUGUGAUAACAUGGGAACAUCUGUUCCUUCGAUAAAUGGUUGCUAAAGUGCUACCGUAUUUUUCGGAGUAUAAGUCGCACCGGCCGACAAUGCAUAAUAAAGAAGGAAAAAAACAUAUAUAAGUCGCACUGGAGUAUAAGUCGCAUUUUUGGGGGAAAUGUAUUUGAUAAAACCCAACACCAAGAAUAUACAUUUUAAAGGCAAUUUAAAAUAAAUAAAGAAUAGUGAACAACAGGCUGAAUAAGUGUACGUUAUAUGAGGCAUAAAUAACCAACUGAGAAUGUGCCUGGUAUGUUAACGUAACAUAUUAUGGUAAGAGUCAUUCAAAUAACUAUAACAUAUAGAACAUGCUAUACGUUUACCAAACAAUCUGUCACUCCUAAUCGCUAAAUCCCAUGAAAUCUUAUACGCCUAGUCUCUUACGUGAAUGAGCUAAAUAAUAUUAUUUGAUAUUUUACGGUAAUGUGUUAAUAAUUUCACACAUAAGUCGCUCCUGAGUAUAAGUCGCAGCCCGGCCAAACUAUGAAAAAAACUGCGACUUCUAGUCCGAAAAAUACGGUAAUUGUGGUAUACAAAAUGCUCCAAAGUUCCACGGAAUAUUGUCAAACAUAAAUAAACACAAGAAUAACAUGCAUGACUUUCACACCAACAACAGGAAAAUAAAGCUCUUGGAUUCUGACCACGUAUAAUACCGCAAAUGCAGCUACUGCCACCUUGUGGUGUUACUCCAAAAUGACAUCAGGGGGUUGCCUACAGCCCUUUUUUGACCCUUUGCUAAAUAAAGAUUUUCAUAGACCAGGUGAUUGAAUAGAGGUGUUAAAUUGGCGCAUUCACGGUAUUACUUUUUAGUUUCUUUUUUUUUUUUAAUUGAACUAACUUGAAAAAUGUUGACUGUUAUCUCCUAGAAGGCACUGAAUCAAACAUUUAAACCAAAACCUACAUGUUAUGUCUAUAUUUUUUACAACGAUAGCCCACAUGCUACUUUGUGUUUUUUUUAUGUUUUCUACCUUUACGAUUGUUACAAUUUUAGUUUUACUUUCUAUUUAAUUGUUGUUUUUUUAAGGGGGGGUGGGGUAUGUUUUGUUGUCAGUGCCUUAUCGAGCGAGACACUCCAUAUUUUUUUACAGCGGUUAAAAAUAAAAAAUAAAAAUAAAAAACACUGCUUCGACUCAGGAACCGGCGAUUACGUAGAAAAGAGUCUCUUGUAUUCCACCUUUAUGUCCAGUGCAAGACAAAACAGGUCGCCUUAUUUUUAGUGUCACACUGAAUUACGAAAACAAGACAAGGGAAUAAAAAUGUAUAACUCUAAAGAAAAAAUAAAAAAAACCUGACCCGUGGCGUCUAUUGUUAUUAUUAUAAUUAUUAUUAUUAUAAUUAGCGUAUUGUCUGUUCAGUGCCUAUGAGGACUACCUGUGGCUCCAAGGAGUUCUAACAAGAAAGACUGAGUGAUUGUUUUUUUUUCUCCAUAAAGCAGGGUUUUCCCCCAAAAAAACGUUAUUGCCACUGUAUUCUGUGCGUUAAUUAAUAACAAAUAACACGACGGAUACUUUUUUUAGUGAUGACAGUUUUGUUUACUUUGGUGCACACUCCAAAAAGCUUAUUCAAUCCUAUUAUUUCUUUGUGUUAUGGUAAAAAUCACUUCCUGUUUUUAACAUGUUAACAUUUUUUUUAAAGAAAGAGGAAACAUUUUUUUUAAUAUUUAUAUUGUGUCACUAAAUCAGUAAUAUUUUGGGCCCUGACCCGCAGAUUGGGGAACCCUGCUGUAAAGUAUGCUGGAUUGUCUUUGCUUUAAUGUAUAUGCAUAGUUUUUUAUCGCCAAAAAAGUGCCAUAAUGAAUAUUAAACUGCUUUGUUUUGUGUUUUUUUUGUUUUUGUUUUGUUUGCUAAUUUAUUGACAUUUUACAGUGACUAAAAGGAUUAAAGCCACGGAGUUAAAACAACAACAACAAGAAAAAUCUAUUAAAUGUGGAGUAUAUUAGAAGAUAUUAAAGUAUAUAUUCUUUUGUUAUAUCUAAUCUUGUAUUUAUCAAGCGGUUUAUAACAGAAUGUGAAUGUAAAGUCUUUGAAAUGGUUUUCCUGUCAUAUCACGGUGUUUGAUGUGCUAGCUAACGUUAAGAAGAUUAAGAAGUCAAACUGUUCUUCAGAGUGAAGGUUCAACGCCCUGGCUUUCCUGAACUAUGUUUACAACAAAUAGCGUGUAUCAUAAUAUACUAUAAUGUUACUGUUUGAACGUGAGUGACAAAUAUCUAUGAAGAAGUAUUCAACACUAUGAUAAUAAAGUAUUUCUUC